GGCCCCGCCGCCGUGCCAAUGAGUGAGUGAGUAGGAAAGUAGUUUAGCCAGGUUUCGCCCUUUUUUCUCUGACUCCCCCUCCUCUCCUCUUUUCCUUCCUACAACAUCUCCCUCUUCCCAGAUCCUUCAUCCCAUAACUUCCCCUUAACCCUCAAAACCUCCUUCAAAAUGGCCACAAACAUCACCUACCACGCGAGCGCCCUGACGCGCAGCGAACGCAGCAACCUGCGCAAACAACAAGGCCUCACGAUCUGGCUGACGGGGCUCUCCGCCUCGGGCAAAUCGACUCUGGCCGUGGAAUUGGAGCACCAACUGCUGCACGACCGGGGGGUGCACGCGUACCGACUGGACGGGGACAACAUCCGGUUCGGCCUGAACAAGGACCUGGGGUUCAGCGAGGCGGACCGGAACGAGAACAUCCGGCGGAUCGCGGAGGUGGCCAAGCUGUUCGCGGACAGCGCCUCGAUCGCCAUCACCUCGUUCAUCAGCCCCUACCGCAAGGACCGGGAUACCGCCCGGCAGCUGCACGAGGUGCCCACGCCCGGCGAGGAGACCGGGUUGCCCUUCGUCGAGGUGUACGUCGAUGUGCCCGUGGAGGUGGCCGAGCAGCGCGACCCCAAGGGUCUGUACAAGAAGGCCCGCGAGGGCGUCAUCAAGGAGUUCACGGGGAUCAGUGCCCCCUACGAGGCGCCGGUGAAGCCCGAGGUGCACAUCAAGAACCAUGAGGUCCCCGUGCAGGAGGCUGUGCGCCAGAUCAUUGAGUAUCUCGAUUCCAAGGGGUACCUCCCUCCUAAGUCUGCUUAGAUUUAGAUCUAUUUGUUCCAGGGGGGCAAAAGAGGGGCGGUGGAUAGGGUGCCUGAAAUAUAGAAUAUUUCCUGUUGAUAAUUUUGGCUGUCUUGCAUAGAGUGCAGAUGGAGCUUCAGAAGAAAGGUGGGCUGCGUUGAAUCUGUA